GAGGAAUGAAAAUUUCAUAAGCCCGAAAAGAUCGUAAAGCCGCCUGUUUUAUUGAAUAGCUUUGGAUAGAUGUUGUAAUCAUGAGCCAAAUUGAGGAGGAAGGUAUUUCCAAACCCAAAGCUGCUUGUAGUGGCCUUAGAGACGAAUUAAAGGAGUGUUUACUCAAGACUGAUUGUGUAAGAAAAUAUCACCACACUCCACGCGAAUGUUUGGUUGGAAAGGGUGGUGAAGAAUAUCAAAUACCGCCCGAGUGUCAGUCUAUAAGAGUAGCUUUCUUUGAAUGUAAAAGGUCUAUACUUGACAUGAGAACACGAUUUAGAGGUCGUAAAGGAUAUUAGACCUCUAAAUCUAAAUCGGGAACAUUACACUGUACAUAUGUAGACUAUUUACAAACAGAUCUUUGAAGGAAAUUUGCUGAACACUAUAAUAUAAAUAUAAGCCGUGUGAAUUUGUCAAAAAUCUUCAGGCGUACACAAUGAUAAUGAUUUGUAAUUCAACAAGCUGGUUGUUAAUGCAACGGGCAUUACUAAGGAAUGUCAGACAAUACUACACUGCCGUGAAUAAACAUUUAUGUGCUCUAUCAUGUAUGGAAUCAAAAGAACAGCCAACUAUCUUGAAAUCCCCAAGUAAAGGGUUAUUCUUCACUCCAUCAUCUCGACAAUAUUCAAGCCAGAGAAAACUGGGUGAAAUUCAAUUACGGUCAAAAAGGAAUACCAAAUCUGAAUCCAGUUUUUUAGAGAGUAGAUUUGAAAAUAGCUAUAAAAAGAAUUAUAACAGAAAAACAGAAAUGAAACAAAAACUCAGCCAAAACAAACACUCACAACGAAAUUCACGUCAUGGUCAUAAUGAUUUAACCCUCGGAGAAGGUCUUCUGCUAGACAUUGAUGAAAAUAAAAAGUCAAAAGAACAAAUUGUGAACCAAUCAUCAAAUGGACAUGGCCUUUUGUUAGAUGUAAAUGUACAUAAAAAGCCUAAAAGGUCCAAAGACCUUUUUGCGCAUGAAUCAACAAAUGGACAACUCACAGGUCUAGGAAAACGAGAGUUCAGAAAAAGGCAUGUGAAAUCUUUGCCACCUACAAAAGGGGAGGUCCUGUUUGGACUUUUCCCAGUUUUGUUGGCACUGCAAGAGCAGCGAAGAAGUGUCUAUAAACUCUUCAUCAAGGAAAAUCUAUUUGGGGCUGAUCAUGGGGUUGCUAUGGAGAUACAGAAACUGGCCAAUGAGGGAGGUGUGGAAGUAAAGAAAUGCCCUCUUGAUGUACUGGAUGGCCUCUCCAGCUUUAGGCCACACCAGGGAGUUUGUAUGGAUGUCAGUAAGCUUAAACCAGUGAAAUAUGCAGAGGAAAGCAAAGACCUGGAUGUCCCUGAGCAAGUGGAAGCAAAUCCUAGAAUUUGGCUAGUACUGCAGAAUAUCCAAGAUCCAAUGAACUUUGGUGCUAUCCUGAGGUCUUCCUACUACUUUGGCGUAGACAGAGUGCUGACAGUAGCAGAUAGCAGUUGCUCUAUGUCACCUGUUGUAAGCAAGGCCAGUGCCGGGGCAUUAGAAAUAACAGAUAUUCAGGCCAUUGAUGACCUGCCAGACUUCAUAAAGGAAAAGAAAGAGGGAGGAUGGGAUGUGGCUGGAACAGCAAGUGUUGUGGCCAACAAUGUCCCUAUGGUGCCCCUACAUCAGGUUGCCAUCAAGCAAGAUACCAUCAUUCUUCUUGGAAAUGAGGGAAGUGGUUUAAGCAGUGACGUGCAAGAACUUUGUAACUACGUGGUAUCUAUUCAACCAUUCAAACAGUUUCAUCCUGGUCUUGAUUCCUUGAAUGUCUCCGUAGCAACUGGUGUUUUGCUGUACCAGCUAGCCAUGUCAAGGAACAACUAGUUAAGAAGAAGCUGAUUGGUCAAAUUACACCUCCAGGAAAUCUUAAAUCAUAUCCUUAUUUGAAGUGUUUGAUAGUAAAUUAUGUUUGGUAUCACAUAAAAUAUUACCAAUAUAUUGCUGAUUUUAUAAAAUACUGGAAAU